AUGAAAUUGGGGUUUAUCAUAAGGCGGGGUCAUUAUUCAGUUGAUCGAAGAGUGAACACACUGCCAUUAAGGCGAGAUGCAUUAUAUAAUAUCAUUGGGGAGGGUGGAGAUAGAAAUUGCAUAUGGGAGUUAAGAAUGAGUUUGAAUGCAUUUGCAACUUUAUGUGAAUUGCUACAAAUUCAAGGUGGAUUAGACAAAGAUGGUCAUCUUGGCAUAGGCGAGCAAGUAGCUACUUUCUUAAUCAUAUUAGCUCACCAUACCAAAAAUCGCAGCGUACAAGUCAGGUUCUAUAGGUCUGGUGAAACUAUUAGUAGGUAUUUUCACAAGGCAUUGUGCUCGGUUUUGCGUGUCCAAAGUAUCUUAUUUGCAAAAGCAAACCCUGUACUGGAAGAUCGUAUAGAUCCUAGAUGGAAAUGGUUCAAGGAUUGUCUAGGAGCAUUAGAUGGAAUUCUACAUAGAAUUUUGCAUUAUGUGAAUAUUAAUUGUAUUGUGUAA